AUGAGUGAAGACUUAAACAGUUUAGUUGUUAUUCCUCCUGAAAGACCUACAUAUAGAGCCGGUCGUAAACCUACUGCUGUACGAGUUUACACGGUUAAUCAAGAAUCAAGGUAUUUGGUUGUGGAAAACGUUCCCGCACUUGGUUUAACCAAAGAACUUCUCGAAUUAUUUGCACUUUAUGGGACCAUAGAAGAAUAUCGAUACCUUGAUGAUUAUCCAUGUGAAGAAUUCACUGAUGUUUAUUGGAUAAAAUUUCAAUCACUUCCUCAAGCAAGAGCAGCAAAAAGAAAAGUUGAUGAUCACACAUUCUUUAGUUCUAAUCUAAGAGUACGAUAUGGUCCAGAAUAUGAAACUAUUGAAGAUACUCGACAAAAAUUAAUAGAUAGACGUAAUGUAAUUUCUAUUAAAACUAAUGAAAAGAAAGAUGAGAAUACUUUAACACAAUUCCAAAAAACGCAUCCAAUACAAUCGAAUGAUGCUCCACUACAUCCAGUUCCAGUUAUUCAUGAACCGCCAAUACCUGGAGUUGAAUAUCCAACUUCUUUUUCAACAAGUUUGGCUUCUACAUCUUAUCAACCCCAUACCGAUCCAAAUUCGCUACCUACUUCUGUUAAUGCUAUACGACAAAGAAUUAACGAUGCUUCAACAAAUCCCACAUCAACAAAAAAACGUAGAAGAAUAUAA